GAUUUUUAACUCAAUACGAUGGGUAAUGCGAAGCGCUUUUCUGCAACUACCAACGAGAAUGACGAGAGUGUUUUUACCCAAAAUAUAUGUUGUGAAGUGCCUGUAAAUAUAAAAUUCUCAGAUCUAUCAUAUCGAGUCAAAGAAGGAAAGAAAAUCAAGACCAUUUUAAAUGGAAUAAGUGGGGAAUUUCGUGCUGGUGAAUUGUCAGUCAUAAUAGGACCAUCGGGAAGUGGAAAAACAUCAUUGCUAAAUCUUUUGGCCGGCUAUGGACUCUACACUGCAGAGGGUAACUUUACAAUUAACGGCAAUCCACGCAAUAUGAAAAGGUUUCGUCAAAUGUCCCGUUAUAUCCUGCAAGAUGAUGAUAUUCUACCAUGUUUUACAGUUUGGGAAACGAUGAUGUUUGCCACGAAUUUGAAAUUGGACAACAGAUGCUCCCGAGAACAGCGUGUAGCCUUGAUUUAUGAAAUUUUGGAAAUUUUCCACCUGCGCCAACAAGCUGAUACAUUAAUUGCCAGUGCCUCAGGUGGAGAACUGAAACGAGUUCGUAUUGCACUGGAGAUGAUAAAUAAUCCAUCGGUACUGCUUUUAGAUGAGCCUGUUACAGGUUUGGAUGAAUUUUCUGCUGCGCAAUGCCUAGGACUUUUGAAACAUUUGGCAGACUGCGGACGAACGGUCAUUUGCUCUCUGCAUGCUCCAUCGGCCAGAUUAUCGCAAUUAUUCAACAAGAUUUACGCAAUAUCGAGCGGCGAAUGCAUUUAUCAAGGACCAGUAAAAUAUAUAGUACCCUUUCUAAAAGAAUUUAGUUUAAAUUGCCCUAUAACACAUAAUCCCGUGGAUUUCUUAAUCGAUGUCUCCAUAAAGACUUUUGGAGAUUUUCAAUAUGAAAUGGUGGAAGAAAUUCGAAAUGGUAAAAUUGCAAGUUGGUUUCCUAAGUCAGCGUAUGCAAAUCACAGAGAUUUUCCAAAUCGAAAUAAAUUUAAAAUGUUUGACAUAUUGGAGAAUUCCCGUCUCAUGUUAAAUGAAUCGAGCGCAUAUGAAAGAUCUUGGUGGUUGGAGUUCAGAUUUAUCUUAAUUCGAUGUUUGCAACAAAUGUGGCGAGAAAAGGCAAAUGUAAAUUUACGACUAAGUGCUCCGAUACUAUGUUCAAUUGUGGUUGGCCUUGCCUAUUACAAUGUCUUUCGAAACUCUGAACAUAGCCUCUUUACCUUUCUCCUGCCAGUGACAUUCACCACGGAAAUCAUAUUUUUAGCCAUGGCUCCAAUGGUAGCAAAUGUGCCGCAAAUGAUUAAAUUCAUGAGAACGGAAUACUUUAAUCAAUGGUACCGCCUCAGCUCUUAUUAUAUGGCCUUUCUGACGGCCCAACUGCCAUACCUGUUUUUUAUGUCGAUUGUAUGCUCAGUGUUGAUAUACUUCAUAACUGGACAGCCCAUGGAGCUACGACGAUUCAUUCUGUUCGCUGCCAUAACAACUCUGAUAUCGUUUGCCUCUUCAAGUUAUGGCCUACUGGUGGGAUCAAGUUUUGGCAUAAUGCACGCCUUGUUCAUAGGCCCCAUGUAUACUGGAAUAAUGCUGCUCUUUUCCUAUUUGUCCUUUGGAGGUACAGAUCUCUCCUUAUUUCACAAAAUAUUAAUGUACAGCAAUUUUCUGAGACAUGCUCUGGAGGGAAUGCUGGUGCCAUUAUUUUGCCUAGAUAGACCGGAUUUCCCCGAUCCUUACGAUGGCGCGAAGUUUGCCAUUACAAAGCCAAAAUAUAUUUUGAAAAUGUUCGGCAGCUUAAAUAUAAGUUACAUACGCUCUGUAUUAGUUCUGGGAGCAACAACUGUUGUUUUGUGCAUGUUGGCAUUUUCGAUAUUGAAAUAUCGUCUGAAUGUUAAACGUAAUUCAAAAAGAUUAUAACUAUCAUUAUCGAAAGUUGUGCAUAGUCUAAGAUAAUAUAAUAGUCUAAGGUAAUAAAAUAAUUAGUUUGGAAUUGGAAUUUAGUACAAGGGCACGCACAUAUAUAAGAAUAAUUUGGU